AUGGCCGCCAUCAUUGACAGAGACGUCGUGACUACGGCCCCAGUCUCAAAUGGCGACACUACCCCCACAUCGCCCGGAACGCCUACCAAAGGCAAGAGCCGUCAGCGUCUUCUCCGUGGACUGCAGCGUAUAUCCUCAUCUCCAUCACUGAAUGGACUACGACGCUCGAGGUCCGUAAGCAGUCCGUACAGCACAAGAGGAACACUCUCUUGUGCCAGUCUGGCUGCUGUUGGGCCUCCACAGACUCCAGGUAGCGCCAGGUCAUCUACUCCUCAGCCGUCGCCGCUUGGUAUGCCAAGCUCCUCGGUCUCCAUUUCACAGACUUCUAGCCAUGAGUUUCCCUUCCAUGACAGCAUCGAGAGCCAGCUUGCCAUUCGAAAGGUUGACAAUGUUGACCAAAACGGAUCACCCGCGACAGCGACCCUUCCGCCCGGUCUCGGUUCUGCCAAGCAAGAAGCGCAAACCAAAGCUCAGGCCGUAAUAAAAGCACCUCCAAAACCUGCAUUUCCAUUCUGGGAGAAGAUGCCGCACGAGCUUAGGGUUCAGAUUUUCUCCUUCCUACGGCCGAAAGAAUUGGUUCAGGCGUCUAGGGUGAGCAAGACGUUUUAUAGGUUUUGCUUUGACGGACAGCUCUGGACCUCGCUCGACGCAUCCGAAUUCUAUCAAGAGAUUCCGGCCGAGUCGCUUGCCAGGAUCAUUGUGGCUGCUGGCCCGUUUAUAAAGGAUUUGAAUCUUCGAGGAUGUGUGCAAGUCGAGCACUAUAAGCGGACAGAAGUUAUUGUCAAGGCUUGCAAGAACCUGAUGAAUGCCACCCUGGAAGGUUGCCGAAACUUUCAAAAAAGCACUUUGCAUACGCUGUUGAGGACGAAUGACAAGCUGGUUCAUCUGAACUUGACUGGUCUCUCUGCCGUAUCGAACACGUCUUGCAAGAUUAUUGCAGAUUCAUGCCCGCAGUUGGAAACGUUCAACGUCUCAUGGUGUGAUAAGGUGGAAGCCAAGGGAAUCAAAGCUAUUAUUGAGUCAUGCCCAAGACUGAGAGACUUGAGGGCUGGCGAAGUCCGGGGCUUUGACGACAUAUCAACUGCCGAGGCUAUUUUUAAUACCAACAAUCUCGAACGUCUUGUUCUCUGUGGAUGUGUCGAAUUGACUGAUGACGCUCUGAAAGUCAUGAUGCAAGGCAUUGACCCAGAGAUUGAUAUUCUUACCGAACGGCCCAUUGUUCCGGCACGAAAAUUGAGACACCUCGAUCUGAGUCGAUGCAACCGCCUUUCUAGCGCUGGCGUCAAGGCUAUUGGAUACGUGGUACCGGAAUUAGAAGGUCUUCAACUUUCAGGAUGCAAAUCACUAACUGAUGCUGCACUUGAGCCGAUCUUAGCAUCAACUCCUCGGCUAACCCACCUGGAACUGGAAGAUUUGGAAGACCUCACGAAUUCUCUCAUGUCGGAGCAUCUUGCCAGGGCACCAUGUGCGGAUACACUGGAACAUUUGUCGAUAAGCUACUGCGAAAACAUCAGCGACGUCGGAAUGCUGCCUGUGCUACAGAAGUGUCUACGAUUGAAAAGUGUUGACAUGGAUAACACGCGAAUCAGUGACCUCUCCCUAGCGGAAGCGGCUGCCAUGGUCAUGAAGCGAUCAAACAGAUCACUCAGGGCAAAUCAACGACCACAGGUUACCCUGCAGCUGGUAGUUUACGAUUGCCAAAACGUAACUUGGACGGGCAUCCGAGAAGUUUUAUUCAGAAACGCCCAGAUCAAGCCUGCAGUUGGGGAACCAGGAAAAGUGACCUACCCUACAGAGAUUAUUGGUCUCAAGUGCUUCUACGGGUUUCAGAUGACGGUAGACGAGCACCAAAAACGAGUGCUGCGAGGAGACCUCUCGUCAGCAGGUAGGCUAGAGAGAAAAUGGGCAGAUUACAUGCAGGCGAACGAAGAGGCCGGAAUGGGAGGUGCAGGACACCGAAGACGACGACGACGAGCCAGAGAAGCGCACGCCCUGCAUAUGAAUGAGGAGGAUGGCGGCAUCGUCGGCCGCCGACGAGCACGAACUAUGGGAGCUUGUUCGGUCAUGUAA